AUGGUUCGGACCGCUGUGACCACCACCUUGGCAGGUUGCGCCGCCGCUUUGACCACCCUUUUUGGUAAGAGGCUUCUUUCUGGGCAUUGGAACGUGACUGAUGUGUGUAAUGGGCUUCUGGGUGGCUUCGCCGCCAUCACCAGCGGUUGCUCGGUAGUGGAGCCGUGGGCGGCGGUAAUAUGCGGCGUUGUGGCAGCGAUGGUGCUGAUUGGGUUCAACAAAUUGGCUGAGAAGGUCAAGUACGACGACCCAUUGGAGGCGGCGCAGCUACACGGAGGGUGUGGCGCGUGGGGGAUUAUUUUCACAGCACUCUUUGCUACUGAGGACUAUGUGAACGAGGUGUACCCGGGAAAACUGGGUCGGCCAUAUGGGUUGUUCAUGGGUGGUGGUGGGAGGCUAUUGGCAGCUCACGUGAUUCAGAUUCUGGUGAUUAUUGGGUGGGUCAGUGCCACCAUGGGUCCAUUGUUCUUUAUUCUUCAUAAAUUGAAGCUUCUUCGGAUCUCGCCGGAGGACGAAAUGGCGGGUAUGGAUCUGACCCGACAUGGUGGGUUUGCAUAUGUGUAUCAUGAUGAAGACGAUUCACAAAAGCAUGGUGUUCAGAUGAGCAAGAUUGAACCUGCUGCCUCAAUUUAG